AUGAAAAAUAGGGGGUUGUUGACCUCAGUAGGCUCCCAACAGGACAAGGAAAAUAUCACCCUCCCUUUCCAACUCAUCAACAGCCACUGUUUCUCCUCCUCCACCAAGAAAUCCCGGUGGUACGAACCCGAAACCUUCACCUUCCUCACGACCGAGCCCGUCAGCUCCCUCCCGAACGAGACCUGCCUAAACCCCGCCUUAACGUGCCGCCCGUGCCACUGCCUCCGAGUUUCGGGCCACUCUACCCUAUCGGGCCCUUGGCACGCCACCACAUUCAUUAUCUCCUUUCGAAACAUCCCCUCGAACAGCAUUCUCCCGGACUUCCCACAGGGCAUGCUCGUCGUCUCCACCAUUUCGAAUAAUGCCGAGAAUUGGAAGAAAGCCUCCCGAAAACGCGGGACUCCCGGCGCCGUACGCUCCGUCCACCAUGCCAUGCACGAACAAGUCGGGCCCGAUUCUCUGUAUCAGAUCGAGAACCGCCGUUUUCGACCCAUCCCGAAGGUUCUUCGCACGGUGCGAAUACGUCACGGCCAAGAAUUCGCCUGGCUCGACUCGGAAGUCCGCCGUGCUAACCGACUCCCACUCCCAAGCGACGAUCCCGGAGAACUCGAACGGGACGCCGAAGGCCCGCGCGUAGCGGGCCAGCCGUUCGCCGGUCUCCUCCAUCAUCUUGGCGGGCCCGGGGCCCGGCCUGGGGAAGUCGACGGCAGUGAUCCGGAGCCUCGGGGGCCCGCCGGGCCGAAGGGCCAAGCGUCGGAUGAAGGUCGGCCACUGGAAGCCGUGGACGAUGCCGAAGUCGAUGACGUGGACACGGGCCGAGCCCGCCGACCGGGCCGCGAGGAGUUUGUUCGAGACGAAGUUCGUGACUUUCCGGCACGGGAAAGACGCGAUCGACAUGUAGUAAGUCUCGAGGCAGGCCGGGGGGGAGAUGCGGUCGCACCCGAGCGAUUUGUACACCUGGCCGCCGGUCCCCGCCAGGCGGGCCUCAAGCCCGUCGGCAAAGUAGUGGGCCAGCCUCUCGGCCCAGUCGCCGUUAGGGGACGAGUGCCGUCGGAUUUCAGUUAG